AUGGGAGACGUUGAUUUGAUUGUAUGUCCUUGCAUUGAUUGUCAUAAUAUAGAUCGGCACGCUGGCAGUAUUGUAGUUGAUCAUCUGGUAACAAGAGGAAUGGAUGAAGCAUAUAAGAUGCGGUCUGAUUGGUAUCAUCAUGGAAAAUUGAAUCCAGUGGUUGAUGGUGAAAGCAAUCAAAGUCAGUGGAAUGAUGAGAUUUUUGGUUUAUAUCAAGCUGCUGAAUAUCUGGAUGAGGAGUUUGCUAAUACGGAUGAGUUUAGUCAGAUUGCAGAGGGUGAGGAUUUGAAAGAAGAUGAGUUCCUUGCAAAGCUUGCAGAUGCUGAAACAACUUUAUAUCCAUCAUGUGUCAACCAUAGCAAGUUGUCAGCUAUUGUAUCACUGUUCAGACUAAAGACACAAAAUGGCUGGUCUGACAAGAGCUUCAAUGAUCUGUUGGAGACAUUGCCGGAGAUAUUACCAGAAGAUAAUGUGCUGCACACAUCACUAUACGAGGUGAAGAGAUUUUUGAAAUCCUUUGAUAUGGGUUACCAGAAGAUUCAUGCAUGUGUCAAUGAUUGCAUCCUAUUCAGUAAGAAGUACCAGACGCUUGAGAACUGUCCUAAAUGCAAGGCUUCAAGAUGGAAGACUAACAUGCAUACUGGAGAAGUAAAAAAAGGUGUCCCUCAUAAAGUAUUAUGGUACUUCCCCAUAAUCCCACGCUUUAAGAGAAUGUUUAGGUCUGUGGAUAUGGCUAAGGAUUUAAGGUGGCACUUUAAUAACAAGAGUAACGAUGGAAAACUCCGCCACUCUGUGGAUUCAGUCACAUGGGAUCAGAUGAAUGCUAAAUACCCUUCAUUUGCAUCUGAAGAAAGAAAUAUGAGGCUUGGACUUUCCACUGAUGGAUUUAAUCCAUUCAACAUGAAGAAUACCAUGUAUAGUUGA